UCUACAAUUCAAAUCCGACUAUAUGAGGGACAUGCAAAUAUUCAUUCUUCAGAUAAUCCAAGUUCUAACAUGAUCCCUGAAUCACACAUAUAAAAUUAUCAUACAUGCAAAUAUAACUUGAAAAACAAUCUUCAAUGAAGCCAAACCAUCAAUGAGAAAUUACAGCAGCAAAAGGUAGUUCUUUGGGCUCAGUAAAGAAUGCCAGUACACCCUUAAAGCACAUGAAGAUCCCAAUCAAACUCAAGUUUUUCAACUAAUUGAACCUCUAGUAAUUUUUGCUACUUGCAACACGCAAGGAGCACUUCCGCCACACAAUUCCACAAAUUAUAUUUAUCCUUUCGUCGAUCAAUGAUAAUGGCACUUGACAGAACAAAGUAAUAUUACUUCAGAACCACAAAGGGAGAACAGAAAUGAUACCUAAUCCGAUUGCAAGUACCAGGGGAAACAAAGAUACAACAAAAUUAACCCCUCCUCAUGGAAUUGGCAGUUGGCUGGAGAAGGGUUCGCCGCAUAAUUACCCAGUUCUCCCAAAUUUACAGCAUAAUCACAUACAAAGAUAAUAAAACAAAGACCAAUUAUGAGCUUGGAGCUAAUAAGAAAGAAGGAAAUACCGCUGGCUUGAGAGUGAUGGGGGCCUCCUCAAGAGUAGCUGGAGCGAUUUGGAGCGACCUUCUAGAGGCUGAAGCAGAUAAGAAAGAAGAAGCAGGGUUCGUGGCGGCGGGGGAGACGAUGGUGGCGGCGGCAGUAGUUGUGCUUCUCGCCGAAGGGGAAAGCCUCGAUCGUCGACAACCUCUUCGCCACGGAGAUCGGUCGCUGCACUCCCAAACGCGAUCUCCCCAAUCCCAGCAGAAGAGGGUCGUCACUGCUUUCUGCCGCUGACCACCAAAACGUCCGGGCCUCUUCCCAUGAACUCAUCAACAGCCGGCUGUCAGCGCCUUCCUCAGCAGAAGCGGGUCUAUCGUUUUACAGCUCACCUCUCUCUCUCUCUCUCUCUCUCUCUCUCUCUCUCUCUCUCUCUCUCUCUCUCAUUCUCACACUUGCUCCACUCCAUUCCUCUUCUUCUCUACUGCGCCUGCCUAAUCUCUUCUUCCAUUCCUUCCGCGGAUCAAAUCUCUAAAAGGGUAAGCAACCUCCUUCCUUCUCCUCCCUUUCACCUUUCCCCCUCUCUCUCUCUAUAAUGUGCCUGCAAUUGCUCUUCCCUUUCCGUGAAUUUCUUCUCUCUCUUAAUAACCAGUAGAAAAGGUAGGCUUAUUUCAGCCAAACGAAAACUAAAUGAAAAUUAAAUGAUAAC